AUGUCCAGAGUGGCCAAGCUGACACAUCUAUACAGCGCGGUGUUAGGAGCAUAUUUCCUCGAAGAGCGGUUAGGCCUCUUGGGCAAAAUCGGCUGUGCGAUAUGUCUGAUAGGAUCGGUCAUUAUUGUGCUGCACGCGCCGCCGGACAAGGAGAUCGAGACGAUUGACGAGAUACUGAACUACGCCAUCCAGCCAGGCUUUCUGUUCUACUGCGCCAUCGUCUGUGCCUUCGCUGUAGUCAUGAUCUACAAGAUCGCGCCCAAACACGGGAAGAAGAACCCCCUUGUCUACAUCUCGAUCUGCAGCACAGUGGGAAGCGUGUCCAUCAUGGCCGUCAAGGCUUUUGGGAUAGCGCUGAAGCUUACCUUUGCCGGGAACAACCAAUUCACGCACCCCAGCACCUACGUCUUCGCCAUCGUAGUCGUCUGGUGCAUUCUAGUCCAGAUGAACUACUUCAACAAGGCGCUAAGCCAGUUCUCGACAUCCAUAGUUAACCCCCUCUACUACGUCACCUUCACCACCUGCACCCUCGUCGCCUCCUUCAUCCUCUUCAAGGGCUUCAACACCGCCGACGCCGUGAAUACCAUCUCCCUCCUUUGUGGCUUCCUCAUCAUCUUCUCCGGCGUCUACCUCCUGAAUCUCUCCCGCGAAGACCCGGAUGGCAAGACCAUGCUCGGGCACGGCGACUUCGAGGAUGCGGCGCCGACGGACGGCCUCGCGGGCGCGAUGACGAGGAGGAGUAUGCAUUCCAGGCGCAGCAGCGACGCCGGGCAUAGGAGGAUGAGCUCGGGCGCGAGCGUUUAUAAGGUGGGCGAUCGGGCGGGCCUGAUGAGGGAUUUUGAGAGGGAUGUCGAGGCGCAGAGUUUUGGGCUCGCGGACCUGGCGGAGGAUAGUGAUGAGGAUACGGGGGGGAGCGGGAGGAAAAGGACGAGCUUUGACGAGCUGGAGACGAAUGGGGCGGCGAAGGAGCCGGUGUUGCCGGUUGAAAGGGUACGACCGAACAAGAGUCCGGAUCGGUGA